AUGGGUGUUGACACCCGCAGACCAAUUCUCCCAGCUCCCACAGACUCGACCUUCCACGAUACCACCGGCGGCAGCGGCACCGGCACAGGCACCGGCACCGACGUGGCCACCGACCUGUCGCGACGCACCGACAAAACCUCCUAUUCCAUCCCCGACGACGGCAGCCCCAUCACCAUCUCCACCCGCCGCAAGUCCCAGCCCCGCGACCGCGACCGCGACGAGGGCAAGGCCUCCUCCCGCACCGGCCACAACUCCCACACCUCCCUGCUCAUCGAGUACUUCGAAGGCGGCAAGAAGUCCGCCGGCGCCAAUCCCCGGCCCAGCGUACGCGUCAGGGUCACCCCGUCCUCGUCUCGCCGCAACAAAGACCGAGACGACCACGUCCACAUCACAGAAAGCUCCUCCGGCCGCAAACCAUCCUACACCAGACGCAUUUCCCUAGGCGGCACCCCGACGAGAGCGAAGGAGAUCGUAGAACCUGCCGCCGACGAUAGCUCGGCCACGUCUACGGAGCUGAGGCCUUCUCCCGUUGAGAUUGAGUUUGUUGACCAGGAGAGCUCUGUCGCUCCGAGAUACCUCCAGCCCACGUCCGAGAUUUCUUCUAUGCCCGCUGAGAGCUUUCUAGAGAGCACAAUGGGUUCAUCUGAGGUGCAUCGCCGCAGACGCCAUAGUUUCAGCGACGAGGAGGACCUCGAGCAGGAUAAUAAUCUCCUCAAAACCCCUGCGCGCAGAAGAAGUCGUAGUCUAAGUCGCGAAAGAAUCGCGCAGAAGGCCGCCGAGAAGCUGAGCAGCGCGCCUAAAGAGCAUAUCUCGCGUUCGAAGCAACGACAGGGAGACAGAUCGCAUAGUAGGGAUAUUGGGAAUGAUAUAUUCGGCUCAGAUAUCAAAUCUCCACGAAAAAGGUCUGGAAAACAUCGGGAGAAGGAUAUGAUUAGUCCCGAGUCUAGUCUUCUUAGCAACUCUGCGAUCUCGCAAAGCAAAACAGGUGACCAGUUCUCCUUCCGAUCGGGCACUUCCCGGUCCUCUCUUAAUAAUCCGAAGCUUCUCGAGACGGUGGAAGAUGCGAUUCGUCGAUUAAUUCUCCCAGAACUAAAAGAAUUGAAGAAAGACCAAAAGGUACAAUCCAACCGAGCAAGAUUCGAACAUGACACGAGCAAGUCUCGCACCUCUGGCAGUGUCAGUUCCAAAGACGGUCUUUCAAGACGCCUAUCAAAACACGCCAGCGCCCCGGAUGUGAGCAAACCACGCGUCGUUGUCAGCAAUGAUGAACCACAGAGCCCAGGAAGCCCGGCAAACUCCUAUACUACUAGAAAAGAACGAAGAGAAAGGGGAUCACCACGGCACGAAAAGAAAAGCUCUUCAAAGGUAUCGAAAUUCUUGUCUCCCGAGGAACCGGGCGUAUACCGAAAAAAGAGCAAAGGCCUUCGCGACGCUGAAGCAGCGAAAAUCGUCGGCACUGCUCUUACUGCUGCCGCACUGAAACAUCAUGACUCCAACUCAAGCCUUGGUAGCAACCGUGAACGGCGAAGUAGGCGGAGUGGAAGCGGCGGUUUCAACGAUACGGAACUUAUUUUUGAAAAACACAAUGUACCUCCCAUGCCUCAUUUACAAAGCGAGCUGGAAUCACAGGUCACCCGGCAGUCUCUUCUGUCUCACCACUCCGACAAUACAGAAGUUGCUCAACACGGAGAAGUCUCUCGCGGGUCGGUGCAGCAGCCUGCGCCCUUGGAAACGAAGAAUAUUAAUAUCACGCCUCGCGGAUCCAAGCAGAGCUUGAAAUCUACUCGUAGUAGUCUUUCAAACCCUCCAAUGCACAUUGAUGACGAAAUCGAGGAGGAGACUACGCCAAUUCGAGAACGGAGCAUCGAGCCCAUUCCGAAUAUUGAGCCUUCCCAGCAUAUCGUGAAAGGGUUUGAUUUUCCUGGUGGCAUUAUCACUCGCAAGCCCCUUAGCCCGAUCCAGAGCGUUGCCAGUUACCAAGAGGAGGACCACUACACUAAACCAGGAGAAAAAGCUACGUCGAUUCCCUUGUCUUAUCAGGAUCACAGAAUGUCCAUUGACUCCCUCUCAUCUGCUCCCAGCACGGAUCUAGCACGAUCGACUCGGAACACAGACCACAGCAGCGAGAGACGGAGAGCGCUGAGCGACUACCACGAUGAAUCUGGCGUGGAGUAUGGAUAUGGAGAUUCACCCAAAUUUUCCCGGAGCGACCAGUGGGAGGAGAGUCAACGUGGAGAGUAUGAUGAUCGCAGUGUUGCGCAGGAAACCGAACCAGGAAGUGUCAGCGCCAAACGCAUGACGGCUGCUACUGAAGAGGAGUUCGAAGACCCUCUGGACCCUGGACAUCAAGUUGCGAGGAGAAUUGCAGCAAAUGCUGAAUUCAUUGACACUCCGGUUGGGGUUGAAUCUGCUGUUGCGUCGCUGCUUGAUCCUUCUAUUGUCGACGGAGGGUCGGUCCACUCGCCUGUUGUGGGGACGCCCGCCCGCCCUCAAAGCUGGGGAUCUGGGUCGGUACGGGAAUUGAGUCGCGAUGUUACCGUGAGCCGGAAAGGCAGUCCGCUCAAGCAACAACUUGAACUGUAUAGCGGCCCUGCAGAAACGUCUUUCCAGAAACGAAUCGGCGCCAGUUCUCCACCUCAAAGCGUCGCGAAUUCGACCGAUGAAGAUGAGCGGCCGCGAAUGGGCGCCACCGGUCUCCCAACAGCUGGCUCCCCGAUUCCUGAAAUCGGGCAUAAUUUGGACACCGAGGAAUCAGAGAUUAAUACGAAUCCCUCGAUUAUUCAGGGCCCUAUUGGUGGUACGCCAAUGGAUGCUCAUGACUACUGGGCCCAUCAUUCCAGCUCUCCAGAAAAGGGCUAUGGAGGGUACGAUUACGAUAGGAAUCUCGAACCAAGCCCUAACUUCAUGGAGAAAUCUAGAGGCCCUGCAGGAUUAGGAGUCUCGGGUAAAGACCCUUACCCGUAUCACCAACCAUAUUACUACUCGGAUGAUGCUUAUUCAGAAGACCGUGCUGAGGUGAUUUCCCCCGGCGGGGGCAGAGACGAAGGGUAUAUUUCUGGAGCGAACCAUCGAUCUGGGAGCUCUGCUACCACAGAGCCGAGAGGAAAGGGAUAUUCAGGAAUGGACGAUAUGCCGUUCAGCAGCCCGUUGGAAGAAGAGGACCCGUACACGCAUAAACGACAUCUCAGUGGGUAUUCACAUGGUAUCUCGUCUCCUCUGUAUGAUAGUUCGACGGGCAAGGGAAUUGAGAGGAUUCAGUCGAAGGAUAUUGUUGCGCUUAUGGAUCAUUUGACUGUUCGGGAUGCCCAAAGGAACGCCAGAGAUACUGAAAUCUUAGUGACCCUCGUGCGCAGUGCUGCUGAAAUGCGUAACUCGUUUGACGAUAUGAGGAAAUUUAUCGAGGCACAGGAUGAAAAACUGGUAGAUACCAACGAGAAGAACCAUAGUCAAACCCGGCAGAUGAUCAGCGGGCCCCGGCCCCAGCCACGAACCCCCAGACGUAUGUCGGAGGAUGGCGAUGAUACGCCAACAAAAAAGAAGAACGUUUUCAGGAGAGCGCUGAAAGGUCUAAGUCUGAAGAGCUCUAAUGACUUGACUCAUAUUGAAGACAUGUUGGUGCAUCUGCUUACUGAAGUAGAAGCAUUGAGAGCUGCCCAGGACUCUCAAUUCCGAGGAAACGCCUUGACAGAGACGCGUAACUCACUAGAUAAUCCGCGUGGCUCUCUCGAUGGUGGACAUGUUGCUCAGAGCCAGUCCCCGGCAAAUGGCGGCACACCCGGUCAGCCAGGCCGAUUCUCGAAUUCCCUUUCGGCGGGUGAUUUGAAGACUUUGGCCGCCCAACGUGAUGCCGAACGGCGCAUUAGUCCUGUCAUGGAGGACGAUGAGGAGGAGCCGUUGACGCCUCAAGAAGAAGAGAUCCUGGAUCCCCAGAUGACCACGGAUGCUCACUUUAUUCGACGACAUAGGAGAGGAGAUUCGGUUCCAAUCACUACCCCGGAAAGGGCUGCUGUUGCCAGUGGCGCCUUGAGCUCCGAAACGAGCCCGAAGGUGUCCAGUGAUAAGUCUCGCAAGUAUAAGUCUGGCAGUUCUUCCUUCUUCCCGAAGAUUUCUCGUUGGUCCAAGACUACUGCUUCUUCGAUGGGCGACAAUCUGAAAAAUAGCAUGCCCAGCCGUAGGCCGUAUUCGGACAUGUCUCGCUCUGGAUCCGAUCUUAACCUGGGCGCAUAUGCCACAAAUGAUUACUACGAUCAUCGUGGCGACGAUCGAUUGCGUUCGAAUACUAGCCUUGACCGCGAUGACAGGGAGAACCGGCCUCCGUCUCCUCUUGUUCCAUCUCAGGUAUCAGAACACCCAAAAUAUCGUGCCCACAGGGAUAGUUUUAAUCUCCAGCACCCACAGCCUCGUACAGGCGCUCGAUACCAGACUCAGCUAGAAUCACAGGCCCAUAAUUAUACCCAGGAUUCACCGGCCUCGGAGCCUUGGGCAUCAACGCAUAGUCUUGGUGCGACAUACCAGCGUCACCUGCAAUCCAACGCUGGCCGUCACUCGCCGCUGUCUGAUGAAGAGUAUUCAGCAACAUCGUCCAUAGCGAGCAAGCAAACCGGUCCUCCUCGACCUCCAAAGAUCCGAGAUGACGGCCCACUGGUCCCGCUACCUGAAGGUGGCUCGAAAGAAGCCUACCAAACGUAUGCAGAGAGGAUAGCGAUGCGAGAGACAAGCAAUGUUGGAGAUUCGGAAGGAAAACUUGGCUCACCAAAAGGCUCGCCUGGCCGUGGGGGACCCCAACGAAGACCCACCGGCCCUCGACCAAACCCCAGCUCUGGAAAAUAUAGUGGCAACCAGGCCGGAUAUUCUAGAAACUCUCAAUAUCGUGGUAGUCCGAAUCAAGUCGACGACGAGGAAGAGCGGCGUUAA